AAAACGCAAAAAAUAAUAAUGAUUAAAAAGCAGAAAGACUUUUGUAAUUUUGGGGCUAAAGAUUUACAUGUUUAACAAAUAAACAUGUAAAAUGUCAACAAACAACAGCUGAGCUUUAAACAAACACACUGAGAAUUAAAGUUUCACAAAGACUAUUUGUCAAAUUGUUGGAUUAAAUUUAAUAAAAAAAAAUGGUAGGCAUAAUUGAUGAGGCCCAAAUAAAAUUUCCAAUUGGUUCUAGAAUAAAAAUCGGAAAUAACUGUGGUACCGUUAAAUAUGUGGGAGAGGUCAUCGGCCAGACUGGUACGUGGUUGGGUAUUGAGUGGGAUGAUUUCAAUCGUGGUAAGCAUAGUGGAUGUGUCCAAAAUAAACAUUAUUUCCAAACUCAACACCCAACUGCGGGUAGCUUUGUGCGACCCGCUAAAGUUGGACCAUUCGAGACACUUGAACAAGCUGCUCGUGAACGCUAUUUAGGCUACACAUCACACAGUCUGGAUCAAAAUUUAAUACGUGAAGCUCAACAAUCUUUGAAUGCUUCAUUAUUUGAAAUUGUUGGUAUGGAAAAAAUUGCGCGCAAGCAGAGUAAAUUUGAGGAACUUACAGAUAUAAGUGUAGACGACUCUCCUAUAAACUCUCCUGGGUGUUUGAAAGAUUUUACUUCGUUGACUACUUUAAAUUUAAGUCGCACACUUAUCUGGAAUUGGGAGACUGUCGCAGACAUUGUUGCUCAAAUAUCAACAUUAAGAAAUUUGAAUUUAAGCUCUAACUAUUUACAAUUGCCGAGGAAUGAACAAAUUAAUGAUUUGGAGCCUGCUUUUCGAAAUCUAAAGCACAUAAAUCUGCGAAACUGUGGUCUUAAUUGGGUUGAUGUUCUACAUGUAGCGAAAUUAUGGCCCCAAAUUCAAUCACUUAGUUUGCAAGAGAAUCCCAUAUCUGAACUUAGUGAAGUCAAUUGCAAAAACAUAUUCAAAAAUUUAAGAGAAUUGGAUUUACAUUGCACUAAGCUAGUGGAUUUUAAACAAAUUUGUAAAUUAGGCAACAUUACGACAUUACGGUGUUUGAAUAUAAUGAACAAUGCAAUUGAAGAAAUUAAGUUACCAGAUUGUGAAUCAAACGAGAAGUUAAAUAUAUUUUUGGAAUUAGAAAAUAUAAAUUUAUUUAAUAAUCCUAUAUGGAAUGAGGCUGAUGCUUUUAAUGAAUUGGACAAAUUACCAAAACUUCGUCAACUCAGUAAGACUCCGCACUUAAAGUCUAGCUUUGAUGAAAUGUUUUCGAAAGCGGUUAGUAUGAUCAUGAAUUUGGAUGUUUUAAAUAAAGUAAAAAUAGACCCGAAGGAAAGGCGGGGUGCAGAAUAUGAUACUUGGAAAAAAUAUGCUGUAGAGUGGGUUCAAGCUAGCAAAUCUAAUGAGACACUUCAUGAAUUUUACAAAAAGCAUCGCUCGUACGAAAUUUUAAUUAAAAAAUAUGGCUCGGCUGCAGCGUUUAUACCGAUCGUUAAUGCAAAAAAAUCCAAUUUAAUAAAAUUACGAAUUGAAAAUAAGAAAACUGGAGAAAUGUGGGAGAAAAAAGUACCUCGUGUAAUAACUGUUCAAACUUUGCAGGGAUUGAUUGUUAAGCAUUUUAACUUAGAAUUAUUAAAUAUGCCUCAUAUCUCAUAUGCUGAUACUAAAUACCCAGAUUUGGUGGUUCAACUAGACAAUAUAUCGAAGACUUUGGACUUUUAUUCCAUACAGGACAACGACAAGAUAAUUGUGAAUUGGUGAACUAAAAAAUUUUUCAUUAAGUAUUGUUAUAACAAGCACUUAUAUUUGGAUUAAUUACUAAUAUUUUAGUCAUUACUACAUAGAUUGAUUAUAACUUACAAAAAAAAAGAUUCUCAAAAAAUAUUUCUAAUUCCAAACAAGUUGGAUAUGUGAUAACAUUAUAGCAUAAUUGUAAUUGAUGUACUCUUGUUCAAAAUUCUAUGAAAACAUUAUAUAUUGCACUGAUUUAUUUGCGUAUUAUAUAUUUUUAUGAAAUUAAUAGCUGUUAAUUUUUACAUAUUAUUUAAUACAAAUAUUAUUUUCAAAAAAAUUAC